AUGUUCCAGAACCUUCUGGAAAAUUCGAAAAAAUUCUGGAUUGUUCUAGAACCUUAUGGAAAAUUUAAAAAAAUGUUGCUGCGAGAUCUUCGUGGCGAGACCCAUCGUGGCGAGACCCGUCGUGGCGAGACCCGUCGUGGCGAGACCCAUCGUGGUGAGACCCAUCGUGGUGAGACCCAUCGAGGUGAGACCCAUCGUGGUGAGACCCAUCGUGGUGAGACCCAUCGUGGUGAGACCUAUCGUGGUGAGACCCAUCGUGGUGAGACCCAUCGUGGUGAGACCCACCGUGGUAAGACCCAAAAUUUUGGCGGGAAAUUUAAAUUUUCUGUGAAAAAUAUUUUGGCGGGAAAUUUAAAUUUUCUGAAAAAAAUAUUUUGGAGGGAAAUUUAA